GCAAGCCACGCCCCUCUACCCCACUGCGAUUGGGCGGGAUGUGGACCGGACGGCGGGCUGCCGUCCAAUAAGGAGGCGGCAGAGGCGGAAGUGGGCGGGUCCGGGCAGAUGUUGCGUGAAAGGAGUGAGGUCAAGCACCUUCGGAAUAUCUCGAGUGGACGCACGAAGACACGCUAAAGAUGUCAUUUGCCAGUGACAAGCUGUAUAACGGCUACCUGAGGACCAACAUGCCGACCAUUGUGAGCACGGUCAAAGUGAGAGAGAUGGUGGUCCAUUUGCCGUGUCUGACCGCUCACGACAGGGAGACCAUCGAGGCCAAGAGGGAGACGUGUGGCAAUUUUGACGGCAUGGUUCUUCUUCUGGACUGCCUGAAGAGGAGGGAGAGCUGGCCCGAGCACUUUAUCAGAGCACUGGAGAUGUGCGAGCACACCAGCAUCGCGGCUGAGGUGCGGGCGGAAUACGACACUCUGAGGGGCGCCCACAACUCCAACCCCAGCUCUCCUUCCAAUGUCCAUCCAGCUCCAGAUGAUGCUCACCUCCCCGUGCCCGAGACCGGUGCAGGUCUCGGCCAGGUUGCCGCGCCACCGUCCCCUCCACGACCCGCCCCCAAUGCCACACCCCCUCCGGUAACUGAAGCACAGCCGGAAGCUUCAACGCCGGCUGCCGCGCCCGAGUCGCCCCCCUCGCCCGACCGAGCACAGGGCGAGCCGGAUCCGGCUCGCCCUGUGCCGGAGGAGACCUCUCCAUCCGACUUCCUGGUUGUUUUGCACCCUGAUCAAGUGAGCCCAGGAGAGGUUUCAGCGGGCGGCGCCGUGCCGACUGAACAGAGCGACGUGACCCCUGAGCGGCCCCCCGUGCAGAAAACAGACCCUCCGGUGGAAGAGGUCGUCACCCUGGAGCCAGAAGAACAUUCCCAGGUGCGUUCAGUACCUGAUGCCACGCCGACCGAAAGUACAUCCGUGAGGUCCGCCCUCCCCGUGGGACUGAGCCUGCCCUGCCCACUUCUCAGCGCCCAACCGCUGACCACCUACUCGGGCAACACAGACCGUCUGGAAAUCAGCGACUUUGCGCAAGGAGAGACGAGCACCGAACCCGAGGAAAACCCCCCGGAGGAAGAGGAGACGCGGGUGCACGUGAUGCACGUGACCCAGCAGCCGUCGCUCCUCGACCUCGACGGCCAGAGCGUGGGCAACGGCGCUGAACCCGAGGAAAGCCCCCCGGAGGAAGAGGAGACGCGGGUGCACGUGAUGCACGUGACCCAGCAGCCGUCGCUCCUCGACCUCGACGGCCAGAGCGUGGGCAACGGCGCCGAACCCGAGGAAAGCCCCCCGGAGGAAGAGGAGACGCGGGUGCACGUGAUGCACGUGACCCAGCAGCCGUCGCUCCUCGACCUCGACGGCCAGAGCGUCGGCAACGGCGCCGAACCCGAGGAACACCCCCCUGAGAAAGAGGAGGCGCGGGUGCACGUGAUGCACGUGACCCAGCAGGCGUCGCUCCUCGACCUCGACGGCCAGAGCGUCGGCAACGGCGACGCCUCCAAGGACGGCGCCCCCGCCGCCGAGGAGCCGGUGAACCCCUCCUCCGGCAGGCUGUCCGCCAACAGCAAGUACAUCCUGACGGCUCUGGGCGUGGGCGCCGGCGCACUGCUGAUGGCGUGGAAGUGGAAGCAUUAAGGUCAGGGGGUUGGUGAAGGAAGCGUGCCUUAUUGUCGUGGCUCGUCUCUGCAGGUGUGUCUUUCAGCAGCUCACCUGUCCGCUUUCAGGUGAGUUGCUGCGUGCGUGGUGGAAAUGUUUCCCAAGCACUUUGUCCUUGAGGCUGGUGGCUGCCAAGCCUUGUAGCUAUCUUAUAUUAAGCAUUUUAAUAGUCACUCUAAAUUAGCUUCCUUCCAUCUUAGCAUUUUUUAACAUUACAGUAGAACCUGUAAGGCAGGGGGGUCAAAAUGGUUUCCAUUGAGGGCCGCUUCUAACAGUCAAUGGUAUUAUUACACCAUUUGGGGAUAGGAUAGGACAGGGCUAGGAUAGGAUAGGACUUUAUUGUCAUUGCACAGGUACAACAAAACGUUGUUUUCAGUACAAACCCGGUCAAGAUUAGACAAACAAACAGUGUACAGGGUUACAAGGUGCCCCGUAAAAGAAGGGAAAAAGGUAAAACGCUGGGGAAGAAGAUGAGUAAAAAAAUACAAUCUAGACUGGGCUCCUAAGGGGGCCUAGUCUGGAGUGGGAAAAAACCUCCAUGCCAUGCACACAUAAACAUGUUCCAUAUAAUCACGACAACUCGCAACA